AUGACCCCUGGGGCACAAGGAAUGCUGCCCACUGCUCCUGCCUUCGCUAUGGGCAUCUCUGUCAGCAUCUCCACCUUCAGCCUCGUCGCCAUAGCGAUCGAAAGAUACAGCGCCAUCUGCAACCCCCUGAAGUCGCGGGCGUGGCAGACCCGUUCCCAUGCCUACAAGGUCAUUGCCGCCACCUGGGUCCUCUCGGUGGGCAUCAUGGUACCCUAUCCGGUCUUCAGCACGCUGGUCCCGUUUAAAAAACCAGACAAUUAUACUGCUCACAUGUGCCGCCUCAGUUGGCCGAUAAACGAGGUGGAGCAGACGUGGUAUGUAUUACUCCUCCUCAUUCUGUUCUUUAUCCCCGGAGUAGUGAUGAUCAUCGCUUACGGACUCAUCUCCAGAGAACUCUACCGGGGAAUUCAGUUUGAGCUUGAGCAGAAGAAAGACUCAAGCGGCGCGAAGAACGGCUUGAACGGAACCGUGUCCUCGGGCUGCGACGAGAGCGACGGCUGUUACAUCCAGGUACCAAAGAGGCCGCCCACCAUCGAGCUGUCCACCCUGACCACCUCGGGGAACGCGGCCAAGGCGGCCGACCGUCCCCGUAGCAACACGUCGGAGGCCAAGCUCCUGGCCAAGAAGCGCGUGAUCCGCAUGCUCAUCAUCAUCGUAGCCAUGUUCUUCAUCUGUUGGAUGCCCUUGUUCUCGGCCAACACGUGGAAGGCGUUCGACCAGCAGGCGGCCCAGAGCGUUCUCUCCGGCGCCCCCAUCUCCUUCAUCCAGCUCUUGUCCUACACCUCCGCCUGCGUCAACCCCAUCAUCUACUGCUUCAUGAACAAGCGUUUCCGCAAGGCCCUGCUCACCACCUGCGCCUGCUGCGGCAGGACGCCGUGUUGCCGUCGGCGAAGAAGAGAGGGAGACGAGGAGAUCACGGCCACCGGGGCCUCCAAGUUCAGCUACACCACGGUUAGCACGGCCGGGCCCUGCUAG